GUAUUUAAAUAAUUGUUCAAGUGCGAAUAUUGAAAUGUUUAAAAUCAAUUGUUAAUAGGAGACGUUAAAAUAACUAUAAUGGCAAGUGAAGGUGCCAGAAAAGCGCGUUUAUGUCACGAAAUAAAAAGUUUGUUUACAAAACCGCCUUGGGGCAUUACAUGUUCUCCUGAAAAGGAAGAUAUUUACGAUGCCCUUAAUGUUCGAAUGUGUGGACCAAAAGGGUCCCCAUACGAGUCCGGAGUUUUUAAAUUAUUGAUUAAUGUUCCGAGUAAUUACCCGUUUGAACCGCCUCAAGUGAAAUUUGUUACUUCUGUGUAUCAUCCAAACAUUGAUUCAGCUGGUAGAAUAUGUAUGAACAUGUUAAAAAUGCCACCAAAAGGGACCUGGUUACCUACAAUCACAAUAGAAACAUUGCUGAUCUCCAUCCAGACAUUGUUGGCACAUCCGAACCCAGAUGACCCCCUCGUCACAGAAAUAGCCAUGGAAUAUAAGUAUAAUGUGCAAGAAUUCGAAGAAAAAGCAAGGAAACAUACUAGAGAACAUGCUGUGUGAAUAUUACUUUGCCGACUUGGUGUUAUGGCAAUACAAUGUGAUAAGGUGUUAUAAUGUUUACAUAAUGACUCUUCUAUAUAUCGACUAACAUAUUUUACACACAACAUUACUUAGUAUAUGCACAACAUGCUGUUACAAUCUUAAUUCUUAACAUAUAAGUAAAACAUGUGUUU